CUUCCCUGUUCAUACCUGAGACCUGGUCGUCCUCGAGGGACGUUUACUCGUGCAUUUAACUUUCAGUAACACCUAGCGACCUGUUGACGUUAGUGGGUUCGUCAUUUCAUCGUGCUGGUUAUAACAGUAACUUCUUGGGUUUGUUCAGACUAUUUAACACAUUCACUUAUAUAGAGUCUACUGUUUGCCUGUGUGAUGUAGAUACGACUGUAGGUUUAUGUUUUGGAGUACCUAAUGGAUUCACAGGUACGAACAUAAACGAAGACGACCAGACAGCGUGAUUAUAUACAAGCAGUGUAGUCAUGAAUUGACGAAUGUUGUUUACAUUUCCUGUGCUUUCGAUGGCGGAUGUGCGUGAAUUUCAACGAGGCAACUUGCUACAUAUUGAAUAGGAAUCCAACAGUUUAACGGCAUGCCUGAACAGAGACGACAUGUUCUGUAUCCAUGGACGUACAGAAAGCACGCAUUGAACUUCUGAUGACUGAGAUCUAACAGCCAUGCAUGUUGAAAGGGUGUUUGUGAUCUGUCUACAUUUCUUCUUGGCUGUAUAUGGUGUCAGAACUGGAAACAGAUGUAUAGAGGAUUUGACGAAAGUCUUUACAGUACAGCUUCAGUGUCCUGCCGGUGAAAGGAUACAUGUCGUGCACAAGGUGUAUGGGAAUGGAGACGCAGCGACAUGUCGUCUGAAAUCUGCUCAGUCGUGUAGUAAGAAACUCGACAGCAGCCAGUAUGGCCUGGUUGUCAACUGUAAUGGGAAACAGUCAUGUCGUGAAGCCAUGCAGGUACAGACCAUCAACAACUGUAAUAUUACUAAUGCUGCUGCUGAAGUAGAGUACAACUGUAUCGAAGGAAGUAUGAAUAUAUGUAGUUCAGUCACAACAACAGUAAACGGGUCGGUGUACCUUCAUUCUCCCGGCUUCCCUGACAGUGUCGGUGUGAACAGCAGCUGUGUUGUUAGGAUCACAGGACAGACUUUACAAGUAACAUUGGCAGAAAAGUAUAUUAAGUCAGGGAUGCUUGACAUCUCAGGUGACGGGAGACAACUCUUGACAAACGUGAACGCGGACCAGUACAACAGGGUUUUACCUGGAACAGCUGCCGAAAUAGUUAUAGUCUACGAUAACCAUGGUCAGAAUGGAUCAAAUCUAUGGAUACGCGUUGCCGAUUCAGGUCAAAUGAACAUAAAGAUCAGCGGAGAAACAUUGAAUACAUCAACCAGGACUACGUCAACACAGCAGCCGUCACAGAGUACAACCAUUCCAAGUACUUCGGACACACCAACAACUGAAACAGCGGCAAUUACACACUCUACAGCUAUUGUUGCAGCGUCUUUUACGACCGCUACAUCUACGCAUGGACAUACUACUAACUCGACAGGGAGUAAAGCAACACAGUGGCCGUCCAAUUUCACGAUGACGGUAUCAACAGACACAGAUCAAUCAACAAUGUCAGAAACAGUGACACGUGAUCCAACAACAAACACAACCACGGCGCUGACUACUCCAAAGUCAACCACGGCAGUGACAACUCCAAAGUCAGUUACAGUAAUCUUUACAAAUAUGACUACAAAGGUUGGCGAAGCAUCUUCCACAACCAUGUCCAGUUCUAAACUGGGACUGAUAAUAUGGGUUGCUUCUGCUGUCUCAGGCUGUGUUGUCACAAUCUUGAUUGUCGUGAUUUCAGUUGUCCUUUGCAGGAAACAUGUGAAGAAGAGCCAUCCUCUUGAAACUCCCGGUCAAGGUAAUUUUGAAAGGCCUUUAGAACUCAGUCCCAUGAAUACGGAAAAGCAUCACAAUGGCUUGGAACAAAAUGAAACCUUUCACCAGUUUUUUGUGCUCGAUCCAGAAUUUGGAGCAAGAGUUGGACAAUCCUUAAAUACAGAACUUGGACACCGAACUGAGACUUCUGGAAAAUAUGAGCAGGAUCAGUACGCUAAGGCGUUGCCUUUGGGUUCUACAGUAGAUAUGUACGACAACAGUACAUUUAUGGUUAAUGGCAGCAGGCCUGACAACGGUCAUCAAGGAAUAUGUGGUAUGACUGAAAAUGAUUUAUAUGACGGAGGUUUUGAUAAUCUUCGAGAGGCAAUGGUUGACAAUGUAGCCUAUGAUAAAUUCGACUUUGAAAGAGAGAAAGAAUCUGUUCAGGACGAUUCCGACACUUCUCCUAAUAAUAGUGAACAGGCUUGGAAAAAUAAUCGUGAAAUGAAAGAAAACGACCUCUACGACAGAGGGCCUCCUUGUGCUGCCAAAGACAAUCAUGUUGGUGAUGGACUGGAAACUAGCGAGGGAAUGGUUGACAAUGGGCUCUAUGAUAAAUUCGACUUUGACAGAGGGAAAGAAUCUGUGCAGGUCGAAUCCGACGCUUCUGCUAACAACAGUAAACAGUCUUUGGAAGAUAAGCGUGAAAUGAUAGAAAAUGAUGUCUAUGACGGAGGGCCUCCUCAUCUUGAUCAACCCUUUGGCAGCAUGGCUGACAACGACAAUCCUGUUGGUGAUUCGUAUGAUGAAGGACUGGAAACUAGCGAGGGGAAUGGUUGACAAUGGACUCUAUGAUAAAUUCGACUUUGACAAAGAAAAAGAAACUGUGCAGGUCGAAUCCGACACUUCUCCUAACAACAGUAAACAGUUUUGGAAAGAUGGUUAUGAAAUGAUAGAAGACGACGUCUACGACGGAGGGCCUCAUCAUCUUGAUGAACCCUUUGGCAGCAUGGCUGACAACGACAAUCCUGUUGGUGAUUUGUAUGGUGUAGGACUGGAAACAAACGUGGGAAUGGUUGACAAUGGAUUGUGAUAUGGUAGAAAACGAUGUCUACGAACGGGGUCCUCCUUGAUGAACCCGUUGGCAGCGACAAUUGUGUUGGUGAUUUGUAUGAUGGAGGACUGGAAACUAGCGAGGGAAUGGUUGAAAAUGGACUCUAUGAUAAAGCGUAUGAUAUUUUAUUGUGGAUAGUGUAAGAAGAUGAGUUCGCAAAUCUGAAACUUACACCAAAAUAAGCUAUCAUGGAUUUACGUCAUGUCAUCGGUGGGUGCAUUAAUGGACUUGUCCACCACAAGACACAAAUGAAAUGAAAAGACGCCGUCUAAAUCUACUUUUUCAGAGAAUGAACAUAAAGACAAAUUCAUUUGAUCAUAGUUGAUAGUAUAAUGCCGAGCACAUUUGACGUCUUCAUGCCAUUAUCAAUUGACAUACAUAUCUAUGAUCAUGUUUUAAUGCUUUAAUCCGACCCAACUUCUUUUGCAGAAUACGCAGCACAUUAACACUCUUAUUGAAUAUCACUGAAUGAAAGGUCAAUGCGUUUCUCUUGGUUCAAUUAUAACCUAACAAAGUUCAAGAUUGUUUCAAACAUCAGCUUUAAUUUAAUAAAAACAAUAAACCAAACUUUUUGUCAUGAUGGUACACAAAUGCCCGUUUAUUUUGAUUUAGUUGACGUAUAUACCUUUGUAAAUUGUAUUGGAGCGGCAUUAAUAUAAGCUUGUACCUUGUUUGCCAAUCCAUUUAUUUCACGAAUAAAUAUGUUUAGACCAAA